AUGUUUAAUCAUCAUAGUAAGCACAAUAAUCAUCAACAAUAUCAGCAGCGGAAUAAUCGAGCACAUCAACAAGGAACCAGUAGUAAUAAUCAUCAUGGUGGGUUUUCUUCUCAUCAUGAAUCAAGGGCAGGGUUAGGACAUUCUCAAAUCAAUUCUUCUUCAUCACAUAAUAGAAGAAGAAAUAAUCAAACUCUAUUCGGAACACCAAUCUUUGAUGGUGAUGAAGAGAAUGAAAGAGAAUUAAAAGCCCAUAAUCAAGAAAGAUACACUUCCGAACAUCAACAAUAUGCAACCGAUGAAAAGGGAAGAAGAAGAUUUCAUGGAGCCUUUACAGGUGGUUAUUCUGCUGGUUAUUUCAACACUGUUGGAUCAAAGGAGGGUUGGAAUCCAUCUAAUGAUUUUAGAUUAGAGAGGAAGAUUACUGAUUUUAUGGAUGAAGAGGAUAUGAAAGAGAUUUUUGGAUUGAGUGGUUCGAAACAGGUUCAAGCAACAGAUAAAUUUAUGAAAGUGACAAACAAGGUAAUUGCUGAUCCAAUUUCUGAUUUAUUUGGAGGAAAGAUUAAUUCUUCAGAUCAAAGACAUUUGGAAGCAUUAUUCGGCAGUUCUGAAAAAUUGAUUAGUUUGAAUGAUAGGAGUUAUGAUUCAAAUGAAACAAAUAUAGGAUAUUCCUUAUUGAAGAAAAUGGGAUGGAUUCCUUCGAAAGGUAUUGGAGUCAAAUCAUAUAGCAAGACAGAUUCUGUGGAAUUGCACACAGAUUCUAAAUUAUCGACUGUUAUUAUUAAGGAAGAUAAAUGUGGUAUUGGAUACAAACAUUCAACCCUUAAUGAUAUAUUAAAUAUUCAAAAACCUGUACAUAAUAAUAAGAAGAAUACCACAGAAGAAGAGUAUUACCAAGAAGAUGAUAUGAGUAAUUAUGAUAUAGAUCUGAGAACAACCCAAGAGAGUGAGGAAAAUACGUGGGAUGAGAAGUUGAUUUUCAUUAAAUCAAAACAACCUUUCCUCAAUCAAACCAAAUACUUGCCUCCAAAGGUUCCUGAGGAUUUUGUACCAAAUCACAUUUUUAAUACAGAAGCUAUCAAGAAGGAAUACAAAAAAUUAGACCACAAAAUUCAAUUGCACUUGAUGGCUGCAGAAGAGAGACGAAAGAAGCUUUUUGAAUCUACAAAUCUCAAUCAAAAGUCGGUAGAAUCUUCAAGACAAAGCGAGAAAUCCAAAGAAAUGCAACAACAUUUAGCCAAAUCUAUGUCUAAUAGAUUUGUUUCCUCAUCUGACAAUGGUAGUACUGAGGCAUCAAAAAGUAGUACUACUCGAGUGAAUCGAGAAAAGUCUAGAACUAUCUCAGAUUGGAGACCAGAACCAUUACUCUCCAAACGUUUUGGAUGUAAUCCAAUAUCUAUUCCUGUAAAUACCACAACUGAAACAACACAAAAGCAAUCGCAUGUAUUGGCAAAAGAUUUCAUUGUGGAGCAAAAUCCAGAUCAAUCUGUGAAAAAUCAAGACAAGAUGGAAGAUGGAGCUAGACCUUCUAUUGAUUUAUUCAAACAAGUAUUUGAGACCAAAGUGAGGAAUAUUAUAGAACACGAUGACGAAGUGGUACCUUCUAAUAGAAUUCACACGCCUCAACAAACAAAGAGUAAUGAAAAGUCUGAAGAUAUUCUCUCUUUUGAUAGCGUAAAUUCCCUCAAGGAUAUAGUAAAAGAAAUGAAGGAAUCUAAAGGAGAGGUGUCGUCUCAUUCUCUAAUUGAGAAGAGAAAGGCUGUGCUAGAGAGCAUGAAGUCAAAGGAAAAGAAAGAAAAGAAAGAGGUAGAAGUUGUAGAAAAGAAAGAGGAGAAAAAGAAAUUGGAUUUUAAUGUUUAUCCAAUGAAAAGAGAUUCGACAACAAGUUAUAUUGCUCAAUUAGAGUCAAGAAUUUCAGAUAUUCGCAAAAUGUUGGACUCAUCCUCAGAUGAUGAGGAAAGGAAGAAGAGAAAGAAGCAUAAAAAGGAAAAGAAGGAAAAAAAGAAAAGAAAACAGGAAUAA